AUGCAGGGCUGCUUCGCUGCUGAAAAUGUUAUUGCACCGUUGUCGUACGCAUCGUACAGACUCCAGCGCGAUGAAAACACUGUUGGUGACGUAGAAAGAUGGCGGCAGUGUGAACAACCGCUCUUCAUGCUGGGGUUUGCACUGCAUCCAGCGUAUGCAGAUUACGCUCGAGCGCUGCCGACUACGAAGGUCUCAGGGCUGGGCCGCCUUCCUUCAAUUGCUGUAUACUAUUAUCGCAGGAUAUUCUCUACAGAGGAUGUCGGCGUCAUUCGAAGUGAUAUGCUCGACUGGAUGGAAGGCAAGUUCACAAGAACUAAAGCAAGUGAAUUUAAGAGCUCUCCCUGGAAAUAUUGGCGAUGGGUUGGCCAGCAAAGACCAGACAGUAUGCUACCAAAGCUUGCGAUGGCAGUAUUAUCCAUUGCUCACUGCGCAACCGCAUGA